UUAGUGACAAAAAUGGCAAUUGCUUCUUACAUUCUCUCAUUUCUCAUCUGUCUCACUUUCUCCAGCAUUGUCCUUUCAGACUAUUGUACAUAUACAAUAUCAGUAAAAACCGGAACGGAGAGUCAUGCCGGAACAGACGCCGUCGUAAGCCUUAAAUUCUCCGAUCUAAUGGAGACCCCUAUUGACAUUCCUGUCCUCGAAAACUAUGGUGUUAUGGAGAAGGGCCAUGACUAUUUUGAGAAUGGCAAUUUGGACAUUUUCAAAUAUACCGGCAGCUGCUUUUCUACAUAUCCAAUCUGUUUUAUGAAAUUGUCCCAUAAUAAUGGCGGUGAACAUUCCGGCUGGUAUGUUGAUUACGUUGAAAUAGAAACUCAUGGAGGUCAAACAAAGUAUCCAAAACAACAUUUCCUCGUCGGACAGUGGCUUGCCUAUGAUGAGCAACCGUAUAAGAUAACUACGUGCCGGGAGAGAUGUGCUCUGUAUCCAUGGGCGGAACCAGAGGAGGGUCAGGAGGGUCGGCCAACUUUCCUCGCCAGAAAAAAUUAAAAAAAAGAAAUAUAGAUAUCAAAGAUAUUUUUCUUGUAGGAGCGGUUAUAACCGCCCUUACAAGUAAAAAUUACGAUUGUUAGACUGUGUUUAUUGCUGUUUAUUUUUCUAAAUAGUCGAAAGCGAAAAUUUCGACCCUUUUAAAUUUGAGUUCGCGUUCCACCACUGUCUGUAUCCCGUACCAGUUGUUAAUGCUGCCGUUUGAUCGUCUGCAUGGUUGUUUUAAUAUGUUUGAUUGGUGUGUUUAAUUGUAAAACAAAUAACUAUUAUUUACAUCUUUUUUUGUUGGAGAUGUUGAUAUUUGUAUUUGCUUUACUUUGUUCGAAAUUAUAUGUAAGAAAUAUUAAGGUUUUUUUUUUUGUGAGGUUUGUUAA